GAACUGAUGCGAACGGCAGCGAACUGAGCGAACGUCGAUAACGCCGUAACGGUCACCGGUCCGGGAACAUAUGGCCAAUGGCUCUGCAUGUGACGCCGUUUUCACCGUUCGUGUAUGAAAACAAUCUCGUUGACGAUCGUUGGAACUCCUAUGGUGCACGUAUCCUCUUUGUAGGGAAUACGGUGGAGAAACGACCCGCUUGACGAUUGAGAGACGCUGCCGUUUAUUACGUCGCGCCCACUUAGCUUAUGUACGUUAUAUGCGUGAGUGUCGAAAUUAGUAUCCGAAAGGUAACUGGUUGGAAGACAAGCGAUCGCUGACGAGAGGUGUUUGAAAUCUGCGAAGAUGAGUGACGAUCAGACGAAUGUGCAGAGCCCGACUACAGAGCUGUCGUCGAGCGCUAUAGAAAAAUUGGAAGAAGAAAAAUUAAAAGCAAAGUUUCCAAAUGCAGCUGGUCGGCCAUUUGGUGGUCAUUCUGCAUUUUUGCAAAAAAGGCUAGCCAAAGGGCAAAAAUAUUUUGAUUCUGGGGAUUAUCAAAUGGCGAAACAAAAGUCUACAGCCAAGCCAAAGCCAGCUGGUGUUCUGCCAACAGGAGAUGCUAUACCAACACCAGAAACAGUACCACAGCGAAAAACAUCUAUUAUCCAACAAAAAUUCAAUACAUCAACAUCAUAAAUCUGUAUACUUCUCUAUCACUUCUAAAAAUACAUAUUGUUAAUUAACCUUAUGUUUGGAUGGUGGAGUAAUAUGGUACAUUUAUAAAUAAUUGGAGGCUUGUAUAAUUUUAUGCUCGAAAAUAUUUUGAAGAUCUUUCACAAAAAAUAUUUUACACUAUCAUAAAAUUCUCAUGUCUUUAUAUAUAGGAAAUCAACUAUUUUUUAGCCGCUUAUUCUCAAAACAGGAUCUGUAAUAUUAUUGAAAACAGUGUUCUAUACGUAUGUGCCACAAUGCUGUAAGUUUUAUAUAUGGAAUUAACCAAGUAUCAGCUUUGACAUAUUAUGUUCUUCUUAAUUAUUUACUAUGUGGAUAUUCUUACGUUGAAAAUUAUAAUUCUAUCCGAGAGUUACAGUUAAAGAAUUAAAAAUAAAAUUGCACAAGUAUUUAAGAUACAUUGUUAGCCAGCAAUAAUUAUGCAUUCUACGUGCACAUGUAUAAAAAUUUAUAUUGAUAAUGUGAGAGAAAUAACUGAGCAGAGUAAUAAUAAAUAUAUAAGAACAGGAAAACUUAUUUUGAUGAUACAUAAUCAUGAUAAUUCGAGUAUAAUCCACUUGUGCAUGAUAAGAUUGAGAGUAAGAAGAUAUACAGAUCUGCAUUUCCAAAGCUGCUGUGAUGCGCUCUUAGUAAGACUAUUUUCUUAUGAAAAGCCGUAUUUACUAUAAAAAUAUGUAGUAUGAACACACACAUACACACACACACACACACACAAAUUUUAAACAUAACUACAGUUUUGCUUA